AUGGAGCUAAUCGGAGCCACCCUCUGCUUCUGCUUUGUUUCUCUCAUCACAGUGUCCGUGAUUCUAGUUUCCUUGCUUAGCCGCAAACUAGUACCAAGUUCCGACAAGCGGCGGCCUCCUGGCCCAUGGAGUCUGCCCUUGAUCGGAAACCUGCACCAAAUCCUAACCACCAAGCUGCCCGUCGUCCUCCGGGACCUGGCAAAGAAGCAUGGGCCGGUCAUGUACCUUCGGCUGGGCCAGAUCGACACCGUGGUGAUCUCCUCGCCGGCGGCCGCGCAGGAAGUGCUGCGUGACAAAGAUCUUACAUUCACGUCGCGGCCAAGCAUUCUGCUCUCCGAGGUCACCCUCUAUGGAAACCUCGACAUCGGCUUCGCGCCAUACGGCUCAUACUGGCGGACGCUCCGCAAGAUCUGCACGGUGGAGCUCCUAAGCGAGCGGAAGGUGAGGCAGUUUUCGCCGGUAAGGGACAGCGAGACCAUGUGCCUUGUUAGGAACGUGGGCGACGCCAGCAGAGGUGGCAAGCCGUUCAAUAUCAGCAGGCUGCUCGUGUCGUGCUCAAAUUCGAUAACCGGGAGGACGGUGUUCGGGGAGAUGUGCAGCCCCGAGCUCCAAAAGGAGUUUAUGUCCGCGUUGGACAAGGCGCGGAACCUUGCCGCGGGGCUCUGCAUCGGGGACCUCUUCCCGUCGCUGCGGUUCAUUGACGUGGUCUCCGGGCUGAGAGGCCGGCUAUGGCGAGCCCGCCACCAGCAGGACAAGGUCCUGGACGAGAUCAUCUCGCAGUCCGAGAUGCGGCAAGGUCAUUACCUUCUCAGCGUUUUGCUUAGGAUCAGGGACGAGGGGGAGCUUGACUUCCCGAUGGAACUGGAUAACAUCAAGGCAAUCAUAAUGGAUAUGUUCGCGGCCGGGACAGACACGACAUCAUCAGCUGCUGAGUGGGUCAUGUCGGAGUUGAUGAGGAACCCGGAAGUGAUGGCCAAGGCGCAGGCGGAGGUGCGACGAACAUUUGGCGAUAAAAGCCCACAAGACCAUGAGGGACACAUGCUGGAGCUACCCUACACAAAUAUGGUAAUCAAGGAGACCAUGAGGCUAAAUCCAGUGUUGCCGCUGCUGGUUCCCCGUGUCUGCCGAGAGACCUGCAACGUUGGUGGGUUUGAGGUCACGGAGGGUACCAGGGUUAUGGUCAAUACCUGGGCACUGGGUAGAAACCCUGAGUAUUGGCUUGAACCUGAGAAAUUCAGGCCGGAGAGGUUCGAGGAUGUCAGGACAAGCCAAAAAGGCUCACAGUUCGACUACUUGCCAUUCGGUAGCGGAAGGAGAACCUGCCCAGGCGAUAUAUUUGCGCUGGCUGUGUUGGAGCUCAUGGUGGCACGACUUCUUUACUACUUUGAUUGGAGCCUCCCUGCCGGAGUGAAGCCGAGUGAGCUGGACAUGGAAAUGACAGUUGCCUUAUCGGCAAGGAGGAAGAACCAACUGCACCUAGUGGCGACACCGUAUAAAGCAUAUGCAGUUGUUAGUUGAACUUUACUUAUGCACGUUAUGGGGAAUAAUACUGGUUGAAUUGUACACUUGAGCCUUCUAUAUGGGGGAUUAAUAGUCCAAUUGCGCUAGGCGAGUCAUGGAGUGAUCUCAUGGUAAUGGGAUGGUCUGGCUAUAUCAGAUUGUGUAUUGUUCGAAUAUGAAAUAAAACAAAUAUCUUGUUUAGG